AAAUGUAAUGCAGUGCAGCGCUCUAUUACAUUGCGAUCCGCCGACGUAACGAUACAUGAACAAAUGUCUUUUGGGGCAGUUGUAGAAGAAAUGUUCAGUGAUAUUAGCUCGCGUAGCAGUUCUUCCGACGAGAGUGAAAAACACCAACGUGCAACCACGCUGGACACGUAUGAUUCUCGGCCAACAACGAAGGGUGGAAGAGCAAAGUCAAAGCAAAAAGGCAUCUCUAAAUUAUCAACACAAAGGAAAAAGAAGACCGUGCACCAAACGGCAAUGGAUCGAUUGCUGUACGAGAUCGCUGUGAGAACACAGCACAAAGCAAAAAGCCUGGAGUUUGAAGCCAAAAACCUGAGUGAUACAGUGGACAACUUGCGUCACGAAAACAGAGCACUGAAACGACUUCAACGAUCUCAAACAAGGGAAAUUCACGAUAGACAUGACUUUGUAGAUAUGGCAAAUCUGUCCCUGAAGGGAUUUCGUAAAGAUGUGAGAUUCAGUGAGGAGAAUCGAGUUGAUGCUGAUGCUACUGUUAGGAAGAAAACAAAAAAAGUCAUACGGCUUGAGAACGAAAGUAAGAGAUAUGAAAAUCUCCUGCAACUCGACUCAAAAUUACCAAGCAUAGAAGAAUUGGAGCAGAAGAUAGAAAAAGCCGAUAGGGAUCUGGAACUGAAGGACGAAAGGCUGAAGGAAUUACAAACGAAACUCGAACUGGAUGACCAAAGAAUCACCCAAGAACAAAAGAAGGAAAAGAAACGUUUCGUGAAACUGCAACAUGAGAUAGAUGAAACUGUCAGAGAGUGCCACGAUCUAACUUCCCGAAUCAAAACGGCAGAGAGGAAAAUCCACAAGACAAAUAUUUACUGCCGUAAGCGAGUACCCUCAACCCAAGCCCUCCCGGCCAUCACUUGGUAUCCUCCUGCGAUUGAACAGUCUCCAACAAAUAAAGUUCAAACCUGGCUGAAUAAAAAUUCUGACAGUUCCACAUGAAACAGAUUUGCCUUUCGGAAAACUUCCCUCAUUGUGCAAGCUAUAACUGUUCAUUAAGGCGUCGAGUGUUUUGUCCAGAAGAAUUGAUGAGUUUUUGUGUCAAGAUUUGUAUAAAAAAAGACUUACCAUAAUUUUAAUCUUGUUGUCACAAUUCUCUUUUACGAAGGCGCUAAACGAGGAUAUCUUUGUAGACGUAGAUACAAGUAUUGUCCGCUAAAUCACACAAAAUGCCUAAUGCGAUUGACAAAUUUUUCUUUUGCGACCGGGGUUAUUUUAAUCACGAGAGGCAAUGUAAAAUUUGCGAUGUGCAAGUUCAUUCCUGUAUCCUGGCAGUUUUCAUUGGUCACUCACCGAGAAGUGGAAGACUUGACAACUGGGAAAGGAAACUGCAUUGCGCUUAAAAAAGCUUACCAAUUUAAGAUCACUGAAGAUAAUCAGCGAAGAAACUUCCGUCAGAUUUUCCCCUACUUCAAGCUAAGGUUGAACCAGCAGUCUUUUGACGGAACCCAUAAGUUGUUUCAGUAUUUUAAGACAAAAUUCGGUUCAAAAUAAUUAUUUCUUUGUGUACAUCUACAUAUAACUUUAUUUCCCUCCGUUUUACGCUGUUUGCCUAACAAGAGUCUAAUGUUUUCAGCUCCAAGGCUGCACUAAGGUCUAUGAUGCUAUCUUACAUCCAAGGGAAUAAUGUGAAAAUCACUUAUUUGACCAACA